UUUUGCCAUUGCAAAGGUACAGGCUAGUGAAUGCAUCAGUUAUAAAUUAACUUUAUAGUACUCUACACACUUUCACUUGUUGGGAUUAUUUGACAGCGCUGUAUUUGAUUGAAAUGUUCAAUAAAGUUUUAAUUUUUCUAUUUUGCGCGGUUUUUUGGAACACUGUGUCAGGAGCGAAGGAUUUUCCUGCCCAUUUUCCGAGAUGUAAGCGGACGGAUCCGAACUUGGAGGAAUGCCUGCUCAAAGCCACAGAGGAAGUGAGGCCUGAUAUCAGGAAAGGCAUCCCGGAUUUUCUUCCGGGGAUCGAGAAGUUUGUUGUUCCUGAAAUAACCAUGCAGCAGGGCACGAGAGCGGUAAACUAUAAGGCCCACUUUAAGAACGUUACCCUUCUCGGUCUUGACCAAUACAAAUUUACGAGAUAUCAGUUUCUUCCCGGCAAUUUAACUUUCUUUAUUGAGGUGAACCUGCCAUUUUUAUAUAUAGAUGCGAAGUAUGUAAUAGAAGGAAACAUUCUUUUUGCUCCUAUAAAGGGAGAUGGAGAAUUUCGAGCCAAUAUAACGAAUUCUAACUGCUCAGUCUACCACGAAGUAAUAAUAGAAAAGAGGAACGGUACCGAUUAUUUGAAACCUACCUUGACAGUUCCCACGAUGCACAUAGGCACUGUAGAGGAUUAUACUUUCGAUGGAAUUUUUAGAGACAAUGAACAGCUGGCCCAGGCGACAAGAAAUGUGAUCCGAGAGAAUCUCAACGUCAUAGUAGAAGAAUUUACUCCAGCUGUAGAAAAAGUAUUGGCAGCGAUAUUCGACGAAGUGAUAUUUAAAGCAGUCACACAAAUUCCCUAUGACAAAUUAUAUCCAAAAUAGUUUAAUACUCAUUUUUGUGCAAAGUAAUUAGCUAGUUGUUAUAUAGCCAUAAAUAACGUUUUUGGAUUGAUGAGAUUAUA